AUGGCCCCUAUCAAGACCUCUUCAUCCAAUGCCACGCUGGCACCAUCGCCCCCCCUGAAGCCCCUGAGCAUGGGGCCUGGUCCCAUCGGCCGUCGAGACUUUUUGGUGCAGGACUCGCGCGCCUACAAGCAGUUCAUAAGCAAGGGCAGCGACCUGGAGAAGUACAUAUUCCUCUCAUGGCUGCGCAACACCAACCUCAAUAUGUUCUACCGCCUCGUCCUGCGGCAUCUCAAGGAGGUUGCGCCUAUCAUCUACACGCCGACCGUGGCCAGGCGUGCCAAGAGUACUCGCAUAUCUACCCGUUCCUUGCACCGCCAACACCAUGAUGGGCUGUACAUUUCGCUGAACGAGGUUGACAGCAUUGACGAGAUCAUUGCCAACUACAAGGCAUCGAUGCCCGAGGGCUGCUGCCCCGAGACCACCGUCAUUACUGACGGCUCGCGGAUCCUGGGUCUGGGCGACCUUGGCAUAAACGGCAUGGGUAUCCCCGUCGGCAAGCUGCAGCUGUACGUGGCGGCCGCUGGCCUCGAUCCCACACGCUGCCUGCCGAUUUAUCUCGAGGACCCGUUGUAUCUGGGCAUCCGCCAGAAGCGCCCCGCUGACAAAGAGUUCUACGAGGCCACGGAAAAGGUGCUUAACGGCCUGACUCGCGCGUUCCCGGGCAUCUUUAUCCAGUUUGAGGACUUUAAUACGCCCCAUGCAUUCGGCCUGUUGGAGCAGUGGCGCGACCGCAUCCUGUGCUUCAACGAUGACAUCCAGGGCACUGGAUCGGUCAUCCUGGCUGGUUUCAUCUCAGCCAUCGAGCACGCCGGCAUCCCGGCCAAGGACCAGCGCAUCCUCUUCUUUGGUGCGGGCUCGGCCGGUGUCGGUGUUGCCAAGCAGCUGGUUGACUACCUUGUCAUCGAGCACCAUAUCCCUGAGAGCGAAGCCAAGGCCAUGUUCUGGUUUGUCGACUCGCGCGGCAUCAUCACAGCUAACCGCGGCGACAAGCUGGCCGACCACAAGGUGUACUUUGCGCGCACAGACAACGGCGACCCGACGGCCAUGAUCGGUCUGUCAACCAUCCACAAGGCCUUCAGCGAGAAGAUCCUGCGGCGCAUGAACGAGAUGAACACGCAAGCACGGCCGAUCAUCUUCCCUCUGUCCAACCCCAAGACCAAGGCUGAGUGCACCUUUGAAGAAGCCAUGCGCUGCACCGACAACCGCGUACUGUUUGCGUCGGGCACGGCGUUCCCCGAGUACACCAUCCCGGGCACCAACGACACGCGCGGAAACAACAUGUACGUGUUCCCGCCCAUUGGUCUCGGCGCUAAGCUGGCGCGCCCAACGAGCAUCACCGACACGAUGGUCUUUGCUGUGUCCAAGGCUCUGUCCAACACCCUGUCGGAUGACGAGAUUGCGCGCGGUGAGCUGUACCCACGCAUCGAGCGCAUCCGCGAGACAUCUGCUCAGGUUGCCGCUGCGUUCAUCCACCAGGCUGUGCGCGAGGGCCUGGCCCAGGAUGCAUACUGGAUUGACCUGGUCAAGAGCAACCCCGCCGAAGGUCAUUUGUCGGAUAUCCCCGAUGGCACGUACUCGCAGGUCGUGCUCGAGGAGGUCACUAAGGCUAUGUGGGCGCCAGCUGACACUGUCAACAGCUUUAUCUCAUCGACCAAGCUGUAA